AAUUGUAUCCGGAUUAGGAAGCGGAUUAGCAGUCACAUCAUAUCGCAUCGUGGGUACCUGGUACAGACUAGACAGCUUUCCCCUAAUCACAUACAGCCUAUACCUUUAAACCGCCCUGUAGGUUAGUACCGUUAGCUGCCCUGAUAGAGCACCGGUGAAGCAUUAUAGAGGAUACAAGGGGGGCCGAAAGCAGUACAAAUACAAACGCUUGGAUGUUUGAAGCUGUAGUCUCGCACCAGACAACUCGGCGGGAGUCGCUGCAUAGCUUGACGCGCAUGAGCAGCAGCAGCAAUGUCGGGGUUAUACCAAUCAGCUAGCUGGUUUGCAGUAGAGGCGCCAUUCCUUAGGCAACUUGCUGGUAUCUUGCCGGCCAUGCGACUCCUUCCUGCCCAACGGUUGAUUGAAUGCCGACAUGCACCCAGGCCGACGGCAUAUUACUCCACUUGCGCUCAUGUGAGCAUCGCGAGCUUGCCAAGUGGAACGCACAGCUCACUUAUCAUGAGGUGGUCGAGGGGUGCAGCAGGGAGACCCAGCGGCCGACCCGAGGUGGCUGCAAAGGCGCUUCCCUUCGACAGUUCAUCCGGCGAAAUCCUAGUCGCCGCGGAGGCCGGCGUCGCCACCAGCACGCUUGUGCUUGGAUGCCUGUUCACGAUGCUGGGCUCAAAGCCUACGGCGGCACGUGCUGCCGUCAGCGCCGCUUCCGCGACCACAUCUAAGCACCUUUCGCCACAGCCGCAGCUACAGCAGCAAGUUCCCCACCAGCUUGCAAGCAG